AUCCCACUCUCCCUGAAGACAGCGUGCCUCCAUCAGGACCCUGUUGCAGAUUCAACUUUUUUUUGUUGCUCCUGGAGCUUGAAUUCUUCGCCGACCACUGCAAGACACACAGACAGCAAAAUUUAAACGCCACGACAAAAAAAGACUUGCCAUGAAGUUGUCUAUUAUUCGUAGUGCGUGUGGCAGCCUUCGGAUACACCCAGCCCGUUCUGGAAGCAGGGUAAGCGACUUGUCGCGGGGAUACACCCCGGUUGGUCCUGCAACCAGCCGGCUGAUCCUCCGGACAGCAAGCGCUACCAGCAGCGGGGGAACCAACCCCAAACUAUCCGUCAACUUCGGGAAACUUUCCCAAAACGAUGAUGGGUUUGAAUUCGACAGUUCCUUGAGGGUAGUGGUUCAGAGUACCAAGGAGGCAAUGUUGGCCCUGCAGAGAAGAAACCUAGCAAUUCAACCCUUUUUAGCCAUUGUACAGGCAGGUGAAGAUGACAUCUGGUUGGAGAUCAAUAAGAAAAUGGCAGUAAGGAUUGGAUUAAACAUCACCCAGAUUUGUCUGGCAAAGGAGUGCAGUGAAGAUGAUAUUGUUGAGGAGGUAUUGAAGCUGAAUGAAGACCCCAGGGUGCACGGAGUCUACCUCCACCUCCCCCCUGCUUCCCUCACCAGUCGAGUGUUGAACACACUCAAACCUGAGAAGGAUGUAGAUGGGAUAUCCGAUAUGAACAUUGGCCGUCUGGUGAGAGGAGACCUGAGCAAAGGCUUUGUGCCGCCCAUAGCAAGUGCUGUGCUGGAUCUGCUGGAAAAACAUGAUUCUUCUUUGGAAAUGAAAACUGUGCUGCUGGUUGGAGGAGAAGGACCCCUUGGGGUGUCCCUGCAGUGCCUGAUUGAACGAAGUGGAAUGUUAGCUCUCAAGAGUCAUUGGAGCUCCACUAACCUACAGAGACAGGUGAUGCAAGCUGAUGCUGUGGUUCUGUUCGGAGCAGGGAAUAUAGAUGUCCCACCCACCUGGGUUAAACCGGGCGCUGCUCUCAUCCGCUGUGAGCCCACCCUGGAGACAGAUGAACAUGCAGCUGAGAGUGGGAUAGGAUACCUCACAGCUGCCUACAGAACACAGAAUGUGGUGCGUAGUUGCAGUCGGUGGGUGCAGGAGCAGCAGUACCAACCCUGGCAUCUACACAGCCUCAAACUGCAGCCCCUGACCCCUGUACCAAGUGAUAUAGAGAUCUCCAGAGCUCAGACUCCCAAGCCAGUGGACCAGCUGGCUGAGGAGAUUGGUUUGCUGCCAGAAGAGCUUGAAGCCUAUGGGAGGAGCAAAGCUAAGGUCCGUCUCUCCCUGUUAGACCGCCUCCACAAACAGCCUGAUGGGAAAUAUGUACUGGUUGCUGGUAUCACUCCCACCCCACUGGGCGAAGGUAAAAGCACGGUGACCAUCGGCCUAGUCCAGGCCCUGUCGGCACACCUAAAGCUCAACUCCUUUGCCUGUCUCCGGCAACCGUCCCAAGGACCAACCUUUGGGGUUAAAGGGGGAGCUGCAGGAGGGGGAUAUGCCCAGGUCAUUCCGAUGGAGGAGUUCAACCUCCAUCUGACUGGUGACAUUCAUGCCAUCACAGCAUCCAACAACCUGGUGGCAGCAGCCAUCGAUGCCAGGAUGCUGCACGAAGCAACGCAGACAGACAAGGCCCUGUUCAGCAGACUGGUCCCUUCAGUCAAUGGAGCCAGAAGAUUUUCACCUAUCCAAAUCUCCAGGCUGCGGCGUCUAGGGAUCAAUAAAAUAGAUCCUGCAUCUCUAACACCCGAGGAAAUCAGCACCUUUGUUCGUCUUGACCUUGACCCCUCCAAGAUCACCUGGCAGAGAGUUCUUGACACAAAUGACCGUUUCUUGAGGAAGAUCACAGUUGGACAGGCGAGCACUGAAAAAGGACAGGCCAGAGAGACUGGGUUUGACAUUGCGGUGGCCAGCGAGAUCAUGGCCAUCCUGGCGCUGGCAGACAGCCUGGAGGACAUGAAAAACAGACUGGCGCGCAUGGUGGUGGGGACCAGCCGCUCAGGGCAGCCCGUCACCGCAGAGGACCUGGGUGUGAGCGGAGCGCUGGCCGUGUUGAUGAAAGAUGCCAUCAAGCCCACGUUGAUGCAGACCCUUGAGGGUACGCCAGUGUUUGUCCAUGCUGGGCCCUUUGCCAACAUCGCCCAUGGCAACUCCUCGGUGCUGGCAGACAAGCUGGCUUUGAAGUUGGUCGGUCGAGACGGCUUUGUGGUGACAGAAGCCGGUUUUGGAGCCGACAUUGGAAUGGAGAAGUUCUUCAACAUCAAAUGUCGGGCUUCAGGGCUGAGGCCAAAUGCGGUGGUGCUGGUUGCAACCGUCCGAGCAUUAAAGAUGCAUGGCGGUGGCCCAAAUGUGUCAGCAGGUGCACCUCUUCCUAGGGAGUACAUUGAUGAGAAUCUGAGUCUGGUUGCAGGCGGAUGCCGCAGCAAUCUCAGGAAGCAGAUCCAGAUAGCACACCUGUUUGGGGUGCCAGUCGUGGUGGCGCUCAAUGUCUUCAAGACAGACACCCAGGCAGAGAUUGACCUUGUGUGUCAGAUAGCGAAAGAGUGUGGAGCAUCUGAAGCCGUGCCGUGUCACCACUGGGCGCAAGGCGGCCGCGGCUCCAUCAAGCUGGCCAAGGCUGUCAAUGAGGCUGCCAGCAGAACCAGUGACUUCCAGUUCCUGUACAACACAGAGAUGCCAAUUGUGGAGAAGAUCAGGACAAUUGCCCAAAAAGUGUACGGAGCUGAUGACAUUGAGCUGACUCCAGAGGCCAAGGCUAAGAUAGAUUACUACAAUCAACAGGGAUAUGGUUCAUUGCCCAUCUGCAUGGCCAAGACUCACCUGUCCCUGUCCCACAUGCCUGACAAGAAGGGUGUACCCACUGGAUUCGUUUUGCCAAUCCGAGAUGUUCGUGCUAGCAUUGGGGCUGGUUUCAUCUACCCCCUUGUGGGAACGAUGAGCACCAUGCCCGGCCUGCCGACCCGACCCUGUUUCUACGACAUCGACCUUGACCCGGUCACCGAGGAGAUCACCGGGCUCUUCUGAAGCGUGCUUCGAAGAUAGAUGUUGUCUCAGGCUUCCUGCUCUGUAGUCAUGAUCCCAAGCUCCACGUUUGCACCAUCAGACUCAUCUAUGCCCUCCAUCUUUGACAGGAAAUGCUUUCUUUGCUCUCCAUUUUCUGAGGAAAUUAUUACUGGAGUAUUACCUUGAAGUUGUAAUUGCACAUCUGUUUGACAUGCCAAAGAUGACCUCCUACAGCCAUAUCAAGUGAAUCGUAUGCUUUAUGUUUAUGCUUUUGAACUCUCUAUGUAUAGAAGAGUCACAUUGAGUCUUAAAAACUUUUUUUUAAUUCUGUUUUCAAGUUAUUACUCAAAUGUCUUACAACAGUGCCCUGUUUUUUACGCAUGUCAUAAGUUUUUGACUUGAAAUAUUUAUUUACUAAAAUGCUGAUGUACGCUCAAAAAGCCAUUAUGGUGUUUCUGUGACCUGUUUUGUCUUAAACUGCUGGAUGCUGCUGAAUAUCCAAAAUGCUGUUGAGAAAGCAGUACAUGGAACACAAGUUUGACUUAGCAGUUCAAAGUAUUAUGAGGUAUGCUUUUCAAGCAUUGUGUUUUUGUGCUAAUAAAGCCUAAAAUUGGGAUGUAUUUUAAUAUCAGUUUGGUAACUUUAAUGACUUCCCAGGUCAUUGCUGUGUGAAAUGGCCUUUCUGCUAUUUUCUCUAAAGGUUAAUGCGUUAUUAAAUAACGGUACAACGUUCAGGAUGUGGAUCUCCUCCAAACAGCUGAAUGUUACUCUUCUCUGACAUUCUCAAAUGUGCAUAUGUGAUUAAAUUCCUAUGUCUGUGUCCGAAUCCUUUACUUUCCCUGGGAAUUAGUUGAUAACCAAAUCACAAUGAAAUGGCAGAAGUAACUGAAGCUGUUUUUCAAGUUUUAUUUUACAAACCCAAAACCAAAUGUUUUGUAACCAGUGUUAACCCUGACCAACAUGUGUUUUUGUUUGUUUUCUUGUUUACAACAGCAUGUUACAGAUUCUGGUCUUCUGAGAUCGAAUGUGUGUGCCUUUCUAAUAAACCUUUUAUUUACUCCAAAA